AUGGAAGCAAUAAGUGCAGUUGAAGGCCAUAAUACUCUAAAUGUGAGUACUAUACAUGGCGAAAAUGUUGGUAGCCAAAUUUUAUUAAGUAAUGAUAUGAAUACAAGCGAUCUAGAUAUUCAAAACAUUCAUAAUGUAACGAAUAGCACUAAUACAUUAUUUGAUUAUGAAGAAGUAGAUGAUGAAACCUUAUCUGACACAUUUGAUGAAUCAUUAAUUGAUUCCGAUGAAAUAUUUACCGACGAAAUCCUAGUGGAAAAUGCUGGAAUUUUAAGCCAAAUAGUUAGAAUAUAUUCGAAAAUGAGUGUAACAAAAUUUAAUGGUAUGAUCUCUAAAGUUGUAGACGUUAUUACACCUAUAAUACAUUAUCCACUAGCUCAUAAUGCCAUGGUUUAUAGUAAAGUAAUAACUGAAAAAUUAAAAAAAAGCCAUAUAUUACUUCUAAAAUAUAAGGAAGAAUUAGAAAAUCUCCAAAUCAUACAAAGAUUAAGAGACCAUGUUAUGAAUAUGGAUAUGUUGGAUAAUCCUUUACAAUUAGCAAUGAUAACAUUUGCAUCUUUAAUCCUUAGUUUUUUAUUGAUAUUAAUGUUAAAAAGAAUUAAUAAUAAUAUAAAAUUUUACAUAACAGGCGCUAAUAAAGAAAAUAAAAAUAUGUCAGAAAAUGACGUAGAUAAUAUAGAAGAAUCUGAAGAAGGUAAAGAGGAAUUAUGGGAAUUUUGGAAAUCCGAAUUAGAUGACAAAUUUGAAGAAUUUAAUUCCAAAUUAGAAGAUGACACACAAAAAAUGAUUGAACUUAAAGGUAAAGAAUGGAAUACGUGGAAAGAAAAUCAUGAAAAUAAAUGGAUGCAUUAUAAUGAACAUUUAGAAAGAGCAUAUAAAAAAAAUGUUCUUACAGAAUCAUCAGACUUUGAUGAUGAACAAUGGGCAGAAUGGGUAAAAACAGAAGCUAAAAAAACCAUGAAUUUAGAAUUCAAAAGUUGGUUAUUAAAAACUAAAUAUAAUAUGGAUAAAUGGACUAUGAACCAAUGGAAUAAUUGGAAAAAUAAUACAUUCGACGAAUGGCUAUCAUCUGAUUGGAAACUUCGUGAAAACAAAUAUUGGAAAUAUUGGAAAUAUAUUAAUGAAGGGCUUAUAAAACUAUAUCCAUCAAAAUUUGAAAAUUUGAAAAAAUGGGAAGAUAGAUUAGAUAGAGAAGCAUCUGAAUGGAACGAAUGGAUAGAAAUUAAAGAUUACUUUUUUAUGAAUAAGAAAAGUAACGAGUGGGCAAAUUUUGAAAAUGAUACAACCCAAAAUUAUGAAGAAUGGUGUAAUGAAUUUAUAGACAAAUUAAUAGAAGGAAAGAAAUGGAAUGUUUGGAAAUCUGAAAAAAAAAAUUAUAAGUCCAAAAAAAGAAAAUUAAAAGAAAAGGAAAAAAAAAGUGAUUUGAAUAAUUCAUCAUAUAAAAAAUAUAAUUCACCCAAUAUGGAAAGCAAUAUUUUUUAUUUUGUAUCUAAUGUUUUGAAACAAUGGAAUAUUCCAAUUUCCUAUUUUAAAUCAUUAUAUAGAACUAGGAAUAGUUUGAACAACUGUAAUAACAAUUUCUCUUUAUCCAAUAAAAAUAUGAAUAAUUGGGGUGGCUAUAAUAAUGAUUAUAAUUUAUUAAAUAAAACUUGGAAGUUUUGGGGAAACACAAAUGAACCCACAACUUCACUAAAUGAUAAUUGGAAUCUCCGAAAUACUGAUAUAAAUACUUUAAAUAGACGGGGUUGGAAAAGGAGUGAUCGAAAUGGCAUUUCUAAUUCGCCAUAUGGAAUUAGGAAGCGCCUGAAUACUCAAAAUAGUGAUUACAACCCAAUGGUUGAUAUAUUGAAAUAUAUGGAUCCUCAAAGUAGCAAUUAUAACCCAUCUAAUCCAAAUUGGAAUCAUUGGGGUAAUCGCUAUGAAACUUCUAAAUAUAAUUCAUGGAAUCCACAAUCAUUGGAAUAG